AUGCGUCUUCUCAUCAUCGUUGCAAUUGCAACCAUCGUUCUCGCUACCAGCCAGGUCAGUGCCUACUCGGUUGAACCACGUCUUGCCUUCGUGGAUAGUGGAGCUGCGGAAAUGAGUCAAGCUGCUCGACAAGCUCGCAACAACGAGCUCGAGUUCAUUAAACGCUUCCUUCCGGCAAAGGAACGCCGCGCUCCACUCGAAGGAUUUGAAGACAUGUCCGGAUUCCUUCGCACCAUCGACGGUAUCCAAAAACCACGAUUUGGUUAG